AUGCAUCCAAAAAACAGCACACCUAAUUUUAAUAUUGAAAAGUAAUCUGUUCCAUAAAAUUCUUGCCCUAAUAGAUCUGUUUAGAAUUGUAAAUUAUAAUUUAAAAUUUAGUUAGUGUUUAUGAUGACUAUUAAUAUAAGAAAGUCACAACAAAGUUAGAUUCUAAAGAUCCUAUGUUUCAUUCUUAAAUUUUUGAUUAGACAGAAACUUAAAAACAAUAAAUAAUAGAAUUACAAAGACAAAUCAAAAUAAAAGACCUUAGUUAUUAAUAGUUGGCUACUGCAUUUUUUUAAUAGCAACAAAAAUUUGAAGAACUAAAUAAUGCUUUUGCUAAAAUUGAUGAAGAAAAAAAAUAUCUUCAAAAAGAGAUACAGAAUCUAGUUGAAAAAAACGAAUUUAACUUAUUUGACAUGAAAUAAUUAUAAGAAAUAAAUACGUUAUUUCAAAAUGAAAAUACUUAAUUGAAAUUGGCAGCUGUUAAAGUAUUUAUUCUUUAUAAAUUAGCUCAAAGACACUAUAGUUAAAUUAUAAAUUGAUAACAAAUAGCUCAAAGAUUAAAUUGAAUCUUUGAUGACCAAUCCAUUAAGUUGUGAUAGGAAAGGAAGUUCUAGGCUUUCUUUUGAUUAUUUACUUAAUGAAGCAGAAUAAACUUAAACAGCAUAAGGGAUUUCAGGCAGUUCACUUCCAAAUUUCGAGAAAAAUUGUAUUUGUUAAAAAAAGAUCAUACAUAUAUAAUCAGAGAUAAAAAAAUAUUAAAAAUAGUUAUAAGAAAAAGAUUAAUUGAUUGAUAAACUGACUCAAUAAAAUAUUGCUCUAUAGAGAGCUUAAAUGAAAAUAUAAAAAUGUUAGAAAAAAUAAAAUUUAUUUGGAACUCCUGAAACUGAGAUAGCUAAGCAUGAUCCAAUCUUAGUUUAAGAUGACAGUAAUGAUACUUCUCGAUAAUUAAAUACUUAUUUAAGUGAUAAAAGAUUUAAUAAUGUAAAUAAUGGUUUAGAAUCAUAAAUGCCUGUAUAAUUAUAAAUCUAAAAAUUAGUUAAAGACAUCUUCUAGUGCAAGAUCAGUUUUAAUGAAUAAAUCUAAAAAAGAAGUAGAGCAGAUCUAUAAAAAAAUGAAUUAAUCAGCCCUUUUUACAGCCAGUCUAUUUUCAACUAUGCUUGAUUAUAAAAAUUUGCAUUAAAAUUGUCAAUAAAUAAGAAGUACUAGUUACAAUUAAGUAAAAUAAUUAUGA